UUUUCAAAAUACUCCAUAUAUUUAAUUUGUAAUUGAAUCAUAAUCCGAUGUAAUACUUCAUUGUGAAACUUGAGUGACAUAUGAAAAUAAUUGUCAACAGUUUUGACAUUCAAGCAAAUAAGCACAUCGAAACAUUCGUGUAGUGCACGGAUUCUGGCUUUAAAUAAUUAUAUUCAAUAAUAAUUUAAUACCUUUAAUUACUCGAAGCUUAACAAUUCAAUUGAAAAAAUGUCAAGUGCGAUUGUAGCUGGACUCGGGUUGGCUGCUGUUGGUUUCACUGGUCGUUACUUGUUGCGAAGGGCACCUCAAAUGUCACAGAAAUUUGCUGAAGCUAUGAAAUCUUUCCCUACAGCCGAAACCCUUGCUACGUCAAAGUACUACCGCGGAGGAUUUGAAGCAAAAAUGAACAAAAGAGAAGCAGCUUUAAUAUUAGGAGUCAGCCCAACAGCACCCAAAAAUAAAAUAAAGGAUGCACAUAAAAAAAUUAUGCUCAUUAAUCAUCCGGAUCGUGGUGGCUCGCCAUAUUUAGCAGCCAAAAUUAAUGAAGCUAAAGAUUUGCUAGACUCUCAAAAAUAAUAUUAUAUAAUAAAACUAUUAUAUGUUUGCUAGUGUUGAAAAUAUUGGGUUUUUAAAUAAAGUCCAAAUGUUAACCAAAUGUACAAUACAUAUAUCUUU